GGGAAGUACCAAUCUGAAUUAUAGAUGGCAGCAGCUUACAGCUGUAAUGGCUGACAGCAAUUAAAAGUUAUGUUCAGGUCAAUUUCUCGCAGUUUUUCCUUACUUUUAAGGGAAACUCGACUGUCCAGAGUCUUGCCAGCGGCUGGAUACAAAAGUGCAUUAAGCUUAGAUAACUUAUACCCGAAAAGUACGCUUGAUUGUGGCAAUGUUCCUACCAUUAAGCAUACAUACUCUUCUGGUGACAACUUCUCUGGCUUCAUCCCUAUAGAGAAACUUGCCAUCAAAUACUUAAGAAGUGGUGGACCAGGGGGCCAAAAUGUUAACAAAGUCAGCUCAAAAGCAGAGGUUCGGUUUCAUCUCGAUUCUGCAGACUGGAUUCCAGAAAAAUCUAGACAAAGGCUAAAAGAAAUGUACCACACUAGGAUCAAUAAAAUCGGAGAGUUCAUCGUUGUUUCCGACCGGACGCGUGUUCAGAUGCUCAACCUUGCAGACUGCUUGGACAAGAUCCGCUUUGCAGUGCGUGAGGCUGAGUUUGAGCCCUCUGAGCCAUCAGAGGAAGACAAACAGGCCAUGAAGGCCAGAAUCCUCAAGUUGAAGCGAGCCACUCUUCGAGAAAAGAGGUCUCGAUCGCUCACGAAACAAUCACGAGGAGGAGCGCCCCCUACGUGACCAACCGGCUCUGCGCCGCUCACAUUUUUAGCAUUCGAUAUGGCAAUAACUCAUUUAGGUUACUCUCGCUAGCUGUGAUACCAGGUGUAGUACAGGUGAUGCCAUACUUGUUAAUGUUCUGGUAUACGUAAGUUUGGCUCAUUGUGCUUCAAGGCUGUGCCUGUAAAAGAAACUGUUACAGCUACGAACAUCUUUAUGCAAAAUAUUUAACAAGUUUUAUAAAUUUGUUAAUGCUACAGCCUCUAGUGGUUCAGUGGCCAGACUGCUAUUUUGCUCUACAGCUUAUCACCCUGACACAGGAAUUACAUAGCUGUACAACCCAUAGGAUAAAUAAAAUAACUAUGUUUAGUUGUUAUUGAC